AUAAGAGGGCCAUAGGGUGCAAAUGGGUGUACAAGAUCAAAUACAGGGCAGAUGGAGAAGUUGAUAGGUUCAAAGCAAGGUUGGUAGCCAAGGGUUACAAUCAAAAGGAAGGCUUAGACUAUCAGGAAACUUUUUCUCCUGUUGUAAAAAUGGUGACUGUUCGAUCAGUCAUAGCCUUAGCAGCUGCACAGCAUUGGCAGAUACACCAAAUGGAUGUAUUCAAUGCUUUUCUUCAAGGAGAUUUGACUGAAGAAGUUUACAUGGAUUUGCCCUUGGGAUUUGUCCAUCAAAGUGGGAAGGGGACAGGGACAGUAUGCAAGCUUACAAAGUCACUUUAUGGACUUAAACAGGCAAGCAGACAGUGGAAUAUCAAACUGACCACAGCAUUAGCCAACUCAGGGUUUCAGCAGAGUCAUUAUGAUUAUUCUUUGUUCACAAAGCAUCAAGAAAAAAGGUUAGUGAUGGUACUUGUUUAUGUUGAUGACCUAUUGAUCACAGGCAAUGACCACAAGUUGAUCUUGGAAACAAAGAAGAUUCUUCAAGACAACUUUAAGAUUAAAGAUCUAGGUGAGUUGAGAUACUUCUUAGGAAUUGAAUUUGCUAGAAACAACAAUGGGAUCCUUAUGCAUCAAAGAAAGUAUUGCCUUGAACUGAUUUCAGAUAUGGGGUUAUCUAGUUCAAAGCCUGUAGGUUCUCCUGUUGAGUUGAAUCAGAAGCUCACAACUGCAGAAUUUGAUUUACAUUUCCCUCCUACUGAUGAGCAGGAUGAGUUGUUGAAUGAACCUGAAAUUUAUCAGAGAUUGGUUGGAAGAUUGCUUUAUUUGACAAUGACAAGGCCAGACAUUGCAUUCGCAGUGCAACUACUAAGUCAAUUUAUGCACAACCCCAAGACAUCCCAUAUGAAUGCAGCGUUAAGGGUGGUGAGAUAUGUUAAACAGUCACCAGGCUUAGGGAUACUUAUGGCAUCUACUGCUGAUAAUCAUCUUACUGCAUACUGUGAUGCAGAUUGGGCAUCAUGCCCAAACAAUAGGAAGUCCAUAACCGGAUACAUGGUUGUGUAUGGGAACUCACUAAUUUCAUGGAAGGCCAAGAAACAGGAGACCAUUUCAAGGAGUUCAGCUGAAGCUGAAUAUAGGAGCUUAGCUUCGACAGUGGCGGAGGUUGUGUGGUUGGUUGGUCUCUUCAAAGAACUAGGGGUUCAAGUGAGGUUGCCAGUACACAUACACAGUGACAGCAAAUCAGCCAUACAGAUAGCUGCCAAUCCAGUGUUUCAUGAACGAACUAAACAUAUAGAUAUUGAUUGUCAUUUCAUCAGGGAGAAGGUUCAAAUGGGAAUAGUUCAACCAGUGUACUUAAAUACAACAGAACAACCUGCAGACUUGCUUACUAAAGGACUCACAUGUUUGCAGCAUAGCUAUCUACUUACCAAAUGUUUGCAGACUUGA